AUGCCCCCUAAGUUCGAUCCUAAUGCCGUGUCUUACGUGAGCCUUCGUUGCUAUGGUGGCGAGGUGGGUCCCGCUGCCGUCUUGGCGCCGAAGCUUGGUCCUUUGGGUAUUGCGCCGAAGAAGGCUGGUGAUGCCAUUGUCAAGUCUACUCAGGAGUGGAAGGGUGUGAAGGUAGCACUACGACUGCGCAUUCAAAACCGUAAUGUCACUUGCGAGGUUAUGCCCACGACUACUGCCCAAAUCAUUAAGGCACUUAACGAACCCGUGCGCGACCGCAAGAAGGUUAAGAACAUCAAGCACUCCGGCAACCUUAGCUUAGACACCAUCAUCGAUAUUGCCCGCACUAUGCGCAACGCUGACCAUGGCAUCCCCUCUCGCACUUUUGCCGGCACUGUGCUCGAAGUCCUCGGCACAGCCAACGCCGUUGGCUGCACCGUUGAUGGCAAGAAACCCACCGAAGUCCAACAACAGAUCAAGAACCAAGAAAUCGACAUACCCACCGCUUAA